UGUAAUGUUGUCUUGGCCAGCGGUUGUUUUGUGGAAAAACAAGAUGGCGUCCACGUGGGAAUCGUCGAGACCGUCUUUAUCACAGACGACGUUGAAUUCGAUGAAAAAAAUGAACUUUUCAACAAUGACCCCGGUACAGGCUGCUGCUAUUCCACUGUUCAUGUCAAACAAAGAUGUUGCUGUUGAGGCGGUAACAGGAUCUGGCAAGACUUUGGCCUUUGUGAUUCCAAUCAUUGAGAUAAUCUUACGAAGAGAAGACAAGUUAAAAAAGCAUGAGAUUGGGGCACUCAUCAUAACCCCCACACGAGAGCUUGCUCAACAGAUAGAUGAAGUGGUUAGUACAUUGGUUGAAGACAUUCCAAAUAUCAGGCGACUUCUGCUCAUUGGCGGGGCUGAUCCAAAUGCUGAUCUGAAAGCCUUUAAAUAUGAAGGGGCAAACAUUAUUAUUGGGACACCAGGCCGAUUGGAAGAUUUUUUAGCAAGACAACAGGAUGGCAUCAACUUAGCAUCUCAUUUAAAAUCACUGGAAGUACUGGUACUUGAUGAAGCUGACAGACUUCUCGACAUGGGAUUUGAAGCAAGCAUCAACACCAUUCUUGGCUAUUUACCCAAGCAAAGAAGAACAGGCUUGUUCUCAGCAACUCAAACAGAUGAAGUCGAGGCACUCGUGAGAGCAGGUUUACGCAAUCCUGUUAGAGUUACCGUUAGAGAAAAACUCUCAAAAACGAAGAAUGUACAGAGAACUCCCUCGACUCUUCAAAACUUCUAUUUGAUAUGUCCAAGUCAUGAAAAAUUUUCACAGCUAGUUGCCUUUCUUAAAGCUCGGAAGGACAAAAAGAACAUGGUAUUUUUCAGUACAUGUGCCUGUGUCAAUUAUUUCUCAAAAGCUCUCACAAAAUUUCUUCCAAAUGUACAUAUCAUGGCCCUUCAUGGAAAAAUGAAAUCUAACCGUCACAAGAUCUUUGAUUCCUUCAGAAAGCUAGAAAGCGGAAUUUUGGUUUGCACAGAUGUGAUGGCAAGAGGUGUAGAUAUCCCAGAAGUCAAUUGGGUCAUACAGUAUGACCCUCCAAGUAGCGCAAAUGCUUUUGUACAUCGAUGUGGCCGGACUGCCCGAAUAGGGAACGAAGGAAAUGCUGUGGUAUUUCUGCUGCCCACUGAAGAUUCGUACGUAGACUUUAUAUCAAUAAACCAAAAGGUCCCCCUUCAGGCCCUUGAGCCGGAUAAAGACGCUCCCAAUAUCACUGCUAAACUAAAAAAGCUAGCGACCAAGGACAGGGACCUUUUUGAGAAGGGAACCAAGGCAUUCGUCUCCUUUGUCCAAGCCUACAAAAAACACGAAUGCAGCCUCAUCUUCCGAUUCAAAGAGUUGGAUCUUGGUCUCCUUGCCGAGGGAUUUGGCUUACUCAGAUUACCCAGCAUGCCCGAGUUGCGCGGUGUCACAAUUGACAGCUUCACGCCACAUGACAUCGACUACGACAAAAUUCGCUACCAGGAAAAAGCGCGCGAGAAACAACGCCAAAAGCGCAUACAAGCGCUCGUGGAGAGCGGAGGUGAAGGUGUGGCAAAGAAAAAGCGUAAAAAGGAGACAGUUGCCUGGUCUCGAAACAAAGAACGCCAGAUAAAGAGAGAAAAGCGGAGAGCAAGGAGAGAGUUCCAGCGGAAACAGAAACAUAAAUUUGAUCAGAACGAUUUGGACGAGCUGGCAUCAGAAGCGAGGUUGGUGAAGAAGUUAAAGCAAGGGAAGAUCUCUAGUGAACAGUUCAAUGAGGAGUUUGUAGGAGAUGACAGCUCAUGAGAAUAACUACAAUAAAAUAUAUAGGAAUAUGA